AUGGCGGACACUGCCUCGAAGCAUCGAGCUGAGUUUGCCUUUGCUCAGCUUGAGAACGAGAGAUCUCUGACAUCUCUUCGUGACGAGCUAAGGGUAGCUCGUGGGAUUGUUGAUCGGUCUCGGGCUGAGAUAACUGCUCUUCAGACCCUUGUUGAUGCCCACCAUCGGGAGCACAAGGCUCUCUGCGAGAUGCUUGAGCGCAAGGGCGUUCUUCAUCGGAAGAAGCAGCGUACUGAUGGUACGGCUUAA